GAGAGCCAGGAGGUAGGCAACUACGAUGAAACAUCAAUAAGAUACAAAGGCAAGAGUAUACCCUCCCCAUCAUUCAGAGUUCUACAGACAUGGGCCCAACUCGACCCGCUGCCGGAUUCUCAUUCUGGCAGAGCAAAGGACGAGGAGGAUGAUGACGAACUCCCAGACACACUGAGUAGUGAAGACAUGGUAGACAAACGAUAUAAGGGUGGUAAUAUCCCGUCCAAGGUGUUCAAACACUUACAGAAAUGUGUGGGAGAUGACACUCCGGAAACUGCUUCACCUGCCAGUAAUAAACCACGAGCAGAAGGUCAUCCAACAUUGAAAGCAACUGCCCCAGUUUCUGAUUUCUAA